AUGGAGUUGAAGAGUGUGAUAGGGGAUAGCGUAUGGCUGAAAGUGGUGGAGGAGGAGGAGGAGGAAGAGAUGAAGAUGAAGAUAGAAACAUUAAUUGAAUCAACGUGGCUGGAUAUGGAUCAGAUCUCGCACGAUUUUGACUGCAGGAAUAUUGUAAUGGAGAGGAUCUUAAUUCCAUUAUCUUAUGACAUGUGUCAAUUUGAUGCAGAUGGUGUCAGACAAGGAUUAUGUGAUUAA